AUGGAGGCCAGCCCGGAGAGCCCCAACCGGGCGGUGGAGUACCUCCUGGAACUCAACAACAUUAUCGAGAGCCAGGCCAAGCUCCUGGAGAGCCAACGGCGCCGUAUAGAGGAGCUGGAAGGACAGCUGGAGCGGAUCAGCCGGGAGAACCGAGAGCUCCGACGGGACGACGGGAAGCGGCCUUCGCUCCCCGCCGAGGGAGGAACCGUCCGCGGGAGGUUGAGUCGAGGUCUCUCCUGCGGGGAGAAAGACGCCGGAAGAAACACGCCGCCGCGGUCCGCCUCGGUUCCCGGCACCCUGGCCGUCUCGGUCGGCUCUCCGAGCUUCUUGGGCGGCACAGUCGGCCUCCAUCAGUACUGCUGCCUCCCCGCCGAGGUGGCGGGACGGCGGCUGGACAGUGCGGAGGUGGAAUCCCAGUUUCCGGGGGAGUCUGGCGCCCGCCGGCCGGCCCCUGCCUCCGUUGCCCCGUCCCCCGCCUCCAGGGCCCCGCCCACCUGCUCUUCGGCCGACUUGGCCUGGGCCUUGCGAUCGCGCCACCGUCCCGCCAGCCUCGCCCUUCGCAAGCAGGAGGAGGAAGAGAACAAAAGAUGCAAAGCGCUCUCUGACAGUUAUGAACUCUCCACAGAUCUGCAGGAUAAGAAGGUGGAAAUUUUGGAGCGAAAGUACGGGGGCUCUUUCGUGAGUCGGAGGGCGGCCAGGAUCAUCCAGACAGCCUUCAGGCAGUACCGCAUGAACAAGAACUUUGAACGGCUCCGAAGCUCCGCCUCCGAGAGCCGCAUGACGCGUCGCAUCAUCCUCUCCAACAUGAGGCUUCAGUACUCUUUUGACGAGCGCCAGCCUCAGCAGCAGGCACAGACGCAGACCAACUUCACCCACAGCGUGGCUAUCGGACCCCCACAUUCCCCUGACCCCCACCGCCCGGGAGACUUCUCCCGCUUGGAGGAUACCUUCUCCAAACAGGUCAAGUCCCUAGCCGACUCAAUCGACGACGCUCUGACCUGCCGCGCAGGUCGCGACGACUCCCGAGAAGGCGGUGGUCCAGUUGAAGAUUUCGGGGAGUGUUUAUGGGGCAGGGGUGGCGACCCGUCCUCUCAACGCAGUUCGAGCGAGCGAGCCCGGGACAGCACGGCAACUUCCUACAGCGAUGUCACACUCUACAUGGAUGAUGGGGCGCCAUGCUCCCCACUCUCUCCGGACCGGGCGCCUAGCAGCACCGACACAGAAUACUGGGGCCCCGGCGGGGGCGCGGGAGUUCGUGAAGACAGCAGGGACACAGAAGGAGGGGGCAGCAGUAACAGCCGGCGCAGUACCCCGUGCACAGAGUGUAGGGACUACCGUCUGAGGGGGGCGCAUCUACCCCUCCUCACCAUUGAACCGCCCAGCGACAGCUCAGUUGACAUGAGCGACCGUUCCGAUCGGGGCUCUCUAAGCAGGCAGCCGGUCUACGAGCGGGAAUCCGGGGCGGGGGCCGGCUCUCCUCAGGGAACCCUCAAACAUGGCCACGCACCACCAGCGCCACCACCACCAUCUGUCCACCGGCACCAGUACCCGGACGGUCCCUCGCCAUCUCCGUUGCCCCAGAACCCCCCCGCGGCCCCUCCAUCGUCCUCCUCGUCAGCGGCUCCGCCCUCCGGGGGGGGUUCAGAGCAACAGUGCUGCUCGGACGGAGACAAUGACUCUCUCAACUCCAGCAGCAACUCCAACGAAACUGUCAACUGCAGCUCGGGUUCCUCGUCGCAAGACAGCCUCCAAGAACCGCUGCCCCCUCUAGGGAAGCAAACCUAUCAGAGGGAGAGUCGGCACAGCUGGGACUCACCGCCUUUCAAUAGCGACGUGGUGCAGAGACGCCAAUACCGCAUCGGCCUCAAUCUCUUCAACAAGAAGCCUGAGAAAGGGAUUCAGUACCUGAUUGAACGAGGCUUUGUAUCAGACACUCCGGUCGGAAUCGCCCGUUUCAUCCUGGAGAGGAAAGGUCUGAGCAGGCAGAUGAUCGGAGAGUUCUUGGGGAACAGGCAGAAGCAAUUCAACAAGGACGUUCUCGACUGUUUGGUGGAUGAGAUGGACUUCUCUGGAAUGGACCUGGACGACGCCUUGAGGAAGUUCCAAGCUCAGAUUAAAGUUCAAGGAGAAGCACAAAAAGUGGAACGUCUCGUCGAGGCCUUCAGUCAGAGAUACUGCGUGUGCAAUCCGCUUCUGGUUCGGCAGUUCCAGAACCCGGACACCAUCUUCAUCUUGGCCUUCGCUAUCAUUCUUCUCAACACCGACAUGUACAGCCCCAACGUCAAAGCGGAGAGGAAGAUGAAGCUGGAGGAUUUUAUCAAGAAUCUAAGAGGUGUGGAUAACGGUCAGGAUAUUCCAAGGGACCUUCUGGUUGGGAUCUACCAGAGGAUCCAGAAAUGGGAGCUGAGGACCAACGAUGAUCAUGUGUCACAAGUGCAGGCGGUGGAGAGAGUUCUUGUCGGCAAGAAGCCUGUGCUGUCCCUCCCCCAUCGCAGGCUGGUAUGUUGCUGCCAGCUGUACGAGGUGCCCGAUACCAACAGACCGCAAAGAAUUGGCCUCCAUCAGCGUGAGGUCUUUCUCUUCAAUGACCUUUUAGUGGUGACCAAAAUCUUUCAGAAGAAGAAAAGCUCAGUGACAUACAGUUUUAGACACUCUUUCCCUCUGGUGGAGAUGCAAGUUCACAUGUUCCAGAACUCCUACUAUCCUCACGCCAUCCGCCUGACCUCGGCAGUUUUGGGCGGGGAGAGAAAAGUUCUCAUCGUUUUCUUGGCCCCAAGUCAGCAAGACCGCACGCGAUUCGUUAGCGAUUUACGGGAGAGCAUCGCUGAAGUACAAGAGAUGGAGAAAUACAGAGUGGAAUCGGAGUUGGAGAAACAGAAAGGCGUGACGCGGCCCGGAUUGCUGAGUGGAGGCACGGUCGGAAGCACGGCCAGCGUCAAGAGCGACAUCGUAAACGGGACGGGUUUCGACGAUAACUGCUCCAUCGGCGAAGGGCUCAAACGCAGCGCGCUCAGCUCGUCUCUCAGGGACUUAUCGGACACAGGCAAGCGCGGUCGGAGGAACAGUGUCGGUUCUCUGGACAGUACUAUGGAAGGUUCCAUCAUUAGCAGUCCGCAGCCCCACCAACGCUACCCGCCGCCCGGCGCGGUCCCCGGCCACUACGCCACCGAAGACUUCCGGCCUCACCGCCCCAUCUUGAGCCCCGGAACGGGGAUGGGGGGUGGGCCGGGGCAGCAACACAUCACUGCUGGGACGGCGAUCGCGGGUGGCGUCCCCGGCAGCUUAGAGAGAUCGGCGGCGGCCAGCUGCCCCGGGGGGAGCGCCAACAACAGCGGCUCCUUCCUGGGCUCACUUUUCAGCAGCAAGCGCGUCAAACUUCCACCUGGGCCCCCACCGGGGCCACCCUACCCCGCACCUGUCCCCCCGCCCACCACGGGGGGGCCCCCACCUCUCUCCCCUUCAUCCCUGUUGGACGGGGGGCCUUCCAAGAUCCAGGCGCUGCACGCGCAGUACUGUCAUGCGGGUACCGCCCAGCCCCCACCGCCCUACUACCACCACCAUCGCUACCACGCCCAAAAUAUCCAAGCGGCGCCCCCCCACACUACGCUGGGGAGGGGCCCCCCAGCCUGCCGUAUGCCCGUUUGCCCCCCGCUGGUGCAUCUCUCCGGUCUAGCGGGUCGCUACACCAACGCGUCGGUCGGGCGUCCCCCGCCCCUUUCUCCUCUCUCCCAGCAUUCCCCCAACCCACAGUCGGCCCCGUACCACGCGCAGCCCCUGCGAGGGUGCGGCAAAGCGCCCCUAACCUUGUCUCUCUCCCAACCGCACUCGCAAACCCACCCUGGCCACGCCCACACGCCGCACCCGUCCGCACCGUUGGGCCACUUCAUUUUCGGCACCCUGCCCCACAAUCUGCCGUCCGCUACCGUCAACGCGUAUCACGCGGCCCCCGUCGGCCCGUUUCUGCCCCGGUUCCCUCCUCUCUCUUCCAUCCCCCCUCCCCCACCGCACUCCCCUUUACCCCCCCCUUCGUCCCCCCUUACCCCUCUUACGCCUCUCUCCCCUCUCCCCCUCCCCCCCCCAGCACCCCGCGCAGCCUCAGCCGGGGCCGCAGGCGACAGGGGCCGGAGCCACGGGUACGGCGGGCGGCUCCAAGUCCAAACCCGUCAAUCGGAUCAGCACCGUAGUGUGAGCCGGGCCCGUGCCUCCUCCGAUCACCGACCCCGGGCGGGGGCCGGAUCGUUCGGGCCCGAGAGCGACAGGAAGAAACGCAGCCUGCUUCGUCUUUGCUACUUUCACUUGCGUUUCCCGCAUACAUAG